AUGGCUGAAGAACCUUUCAGGAUUCUGAUUGUGGAUUCUGUGAUUGCACUUUUUCGUGUUGAUUUCAGUGGCAGGGGUGAACAUGCAGAGCGUCAGGAAAAGCAGUUCAAUGUUGCAGUGUACAUCACCAGCCAAGGUGGGCUUGCUAUUUAG